AUGGCACCUCGCUUUGCCUCGCUGCUCUUCCUACUGGCGGUGCUGGUGGCGGAGUUGUCGGGGGCUGCGUCCGUCCCCACUCUAGAGACGGCAGGCCUCUUCAAAAUUGCGUCCGACGGCAAGGAUAGUUUGCUGGAGCCAUCCGGCGAGUGCAAUGGCGUCAUCGGCAAGUGCAUUGACGAGGACGCGGAGAUGGCCAUGGAUUCCGAGGUCAGUCGGCGAGGGCUGCAGGCCAGAUUUAAAUACAUCAGCUACCAGGCGUUGUUCAAGAACAGGAUACCCUGCAACCACCGGGGCUAUUCCUACUACAACUGCAACAAGAGUGGAGCAAAGAGAGCCAAUCCCUACCGGCGCGGCUGCACUUACAUCACGCACUGCGCCAGGAUCCUCCAUUGA